AACCCCAUCACCUCCCGAAUUUUGAUUCAUUUGUCCUGCUAGUUGGCUCCUCAUACAAUUUUUUAAAUUCCAGCUAUGGAUAGAGCUGAACUUGUCCCUGUGACUGCUCUAGAGCAUUUACAACCGUCCCCUGGAGGUAAAUGGACUGUCGCUGGCAAAACAAAACAAGGAGCCUGCUUUUCCUAUACCGCCAGGGACGGGUCAACGAACCUAACAUACAACAUCUACCCGUGCAUCGCAGAAGAAGAAGUCACGACUCAAUGUGCGUCUUUUCUCUAUAGAUAUGAAGACAAGGAUCGUCUUGCAUCUCUGCCACGACUCAACAAAGUUGAAAGGACGACUCCUAAACAGAUAUGGACACCGAUCUCCGAACCUCAAAAUCAAGAGCGACAAGAACCUAUCUCAUAUGCUCCUGUACCAUUUGCUGAGGGUCGUGAAACACUCCCACAAGACUUAACCAAUUUUGACUUCAAUCUCUUUUCUAUGGAAACCGGCAUCGACAAUGCAUUCGUAGACGCCGUGAUGGAAGGAAGCGUCGAUAACGCCCUGGUCUACAACCACAGCGGUGUCUAUCAACAGGAAACAUUCGAAGCGUUUCCGAUUUCCGACGGGCUUCAAGGAACUGUUACCAACGAGUUCAAAAGCGUUGAGAACGAUCUUUUCAGCACGCUAUGGAGGGAUUACGGCACAGGAGAAGCACCUUUCAAUUUUCCAAGUGGACAGUAGACUGCUAAAUAGCACCAUUUCUUAUUUGUUGGGCAGGUAGAGUGAAAAGAAACUUUUUCAUCUGCAAUAAUCAGACGACAUGAUCCUUGCGAGCAUCCUCCUCUUGAAAAGCAACAUGCAACUUUGCUGUCCAGAACGGACGGAUCUGUCAUAGCACUAGGAAAUCCAUAGAAUACCAAGACGACUAUUCUCUCCCAAUCACAAGUUUAGGCGAAGAAUUCCUCCACUUCUCC